UCAAAAGCCGUCACUCCCUUUCAUUUUCUCUAUUGUUUGAGUCCAAAUUUGCAGUCGUGCAUAGUUUACCCAAAGAAUUUAAUUCAUUUUUGUGUCUACGAAUUAAAUAACUGAUUACACUGGCCUUUCAUUGAAAAAAAAAAUCGAACGGAAACUAUAGUGAAAUGUAGUGAAGAGUUGUGAACUAUAAUACGAAGUGUUAUGUGGCUACCACGCAGAAACUGCAGAAUGACGUAAAAAUUGAAAAUUUGCUACCGUAGAAAAUAUAAAUCGAGAUUAUUAGAAUUAACACCUUCUACGCGAACAUAGAAGUGCGUAACAGUCGCGCAGUGAAUUUAGAAAAUGAGUAAGCCAGAAACAGAUUCGGAUAGUUCGGAGGAAUUUUUCGAUGCUGAAGAUUCGACGCCCAAUCGCCUUUCCACUUUAAGUCGUAAAUGCAAGCUAUCACUUGAAAGUACACAAGCGCAGGAUGGAUUUAUAUUCCCUGACCCGGCUGUGCGUGUUAAUCCUUCAUCUGACAGCGAUGCGACACCGAUAGGUGGCGGUACUCCAGCUACCAGCAGCCCGACAAGUAGUCUGAGCUUGGGUGCGCGAGGACCCAAGCAGGACAUGUUUGUCGAACCCAAACCAGUGCAGUUUGGUAGGCAGCGAUUUCACGAAUUGCGUCAAUGCAUGCAAAAUGAUGAAGAUGAUAAUCCCGGAAACACACUCACACCUGAUUCUCAGAAUAGCUCCACUGAUGGCGUUUUCGCUAAUCGCACGACACAUCCCUUUAAGGUUAUAGAGAAUGAUACCAUGAGUAUACAGAGCAUGACCUCUUUGGGACGCGUUGGUCGCAUUUUGGCCGGCAACAUAGAUCCGUCAGCUUUAAGUGUCGAUCGUGAAUCGCUUGCGGCUCAUUCCACAUCGUCUACGAAUUCUCACCAAUUGCAACAGCAGCAGCAGCAACAACAGCAGCAAAUGUACUUGCAACAUUUGCAGCAACAACAGCAGCAGCAGCAACAGCAACUACAUCAAAAUCUGGGUAUUAUGGUGCCAUCCACCAGCAAUAAUUUGGCGGCAUUAGUCGAGCAACAAAAUGCCGCGGCUGCUGCAGCUGCGGUUGCAGCGAUGGCGUCGCGCGGCAGUACUGCCUCGCGUAUCUCUAAUAAACACAAUAAUACAACACCCUCGCCAUCACCAUCUCACAGCCACACUUCCUCCUCCACAAUUGGAGCUGCUGCUACUGCAGCUGCGACGGCGGCUGCUACAACAGCAAUGCCUGAAAAUAAGAUAAUAUUUCAAGAGCCGGACGUAAUUGCGAGCACCAAGUUGGCACAUUCGAAAACAACAGAUUCGAUCACUUUGAGUGGACCCAUUGCGCCACCAAGACGCAAGAAAAAGUCACGAAAGUCAACUAGUUCAUCGGAUCAAUUCAGUAUAAAUGAGGGUAUGCAUAUGUCAGGUGCUCCGGACACCGAAGACACAGAUAGUGAUACGCGUUCAGUUAAAAGUGUGCUCGAUGUACAGCAGCAAAAGUUGCGCGAUGAUAUCGCCGAGGAAAUCGAACGCUCGUGGCAGGAGACAAGUUCAAUGGCAAGUGCAAAUGCUGCUAGUAGCAUCGUACCAUUGCCUACUGCAACAAUAAAUAGCACGUCGAUACAUAUGACUACAAUUGGUGGGCGGACGCAUAACAUCGGUAUGAAUGCGCUCACUAUGGGAAUAUCCAAUAUACCGCUAGGUCCGUCAAUGACAACGGCGUCGUCAUCGAGCGCAGUAUCUGCAUCCAUUGCAUCGUUAGCACAAACGUCAACCUGCAAUACACGUCCUGUUACUACAGCCACUGUAGGCGGUUCUAUAAAUCGCAUCUCACAUUCAUUGGGAAACAGUUCCACAUCGGUCUAUUCGAAGCCGAGUCCUUCGAAUUCAGCAAAGAGCAACUCUGCGCCCGGACGUGUGAGAUACUUUUAUGCUGCUGGUUUUAUUUACAGUUCAAUCGAUCCUACACAAGGCCUCAAUCUAUAUAAAGCCACACAGGGUGGUUGUGUGGUUAAGCCACGUGACGAGGCAUGCAAUAAAGCUGAAGGCCCAACACAGGAGGAGAUUAAGCGUAUUGAACAAAUUCUGAUGGACGACGGUGCACGUCCGAUUUUAGCUGGUACUGGUUCGAAUAGUUUGGGUAGCGGUACGAGAUAUCCAUCACUUGUCUACCGUUCGAGCAGCGACAAGGAGCGUCGCAAAUCGGCUGGCGAUGAAGAUGUUCUCAAGCAGAUGAACAUCUAUGUGCGUACGCGCACUAGUUCUGGCAAACAAUUAACCGAUUUUGAAAUACUCAAACAGGUUCCCGUCAAGAAUUUAGAUACUGGCGAGAAUAUGACGCUGUCUGAGGUGCGCUCUCCACCAGUUCCCGAAGGCUGGAAUCCAUUGUCGCUGCACAUACUGAAACUCACAUCACAUUUGGAAGUGAAUCCAAAGGAAUCCGAUGAGGAGAGCGUGAUUGGUAUACCGCCGAGUAGUGAGGGUCAGCCACCGGACGAAGAGGAAGGCGAGACGGAAGAUGGAAGUCGCUUGAAAAAGAAGACAGCACGCUUUAAACGUUUCCUUGGCUCUACGGUGAGAAAAACGGUUGAUAAGGCAAAAUCGUUGGCAUCCGAAGUGUCACACGCCCGGCACAAAGAGGAUGUCGCCGAUAUAACGGAUGUCAUGAAUCCGGAGGCGAAUAUAAAAAUAAAAGCUUCAUCAACUAAUAAGGGACCAUAUGAAUUUACCAAAUUGCAACAUGUGCAGGAUUUGUAUGGCGAACAUACCGGCGCUGUUUGGUGCAUGAAAUUCAGCUCCUGUGGACGUCUACUAGCUACUGCUGGCCAAGACAAAGUGCUACGUAUAUGGGUAUUAAAGGAUGCUUAUCCAUUUUUCCAGGAUAUGCGCACAAAAUAUAACGCUGAUCAGAAAUCAUCUCCUACGCCCUCGCAAGAGUCGCUUGUAUCCCAGCAUUCAGAGGAGGCGAUCGCCAUGGCGGCCGCAGCUGAAAAAUGCACUGGCCCAUUUAUGCCGAAAGCGUUUUGCACCUACAUUGGCCACACCUCGGACUUGUUGGACGUGUCUUGGUCGAAAAACUAUUUCAUACUUUCCAGUUCUAUGGAUAAGACUGUGCGUUUGUGGCAUAUUUCGCGUAAAGAGUGUCUUUGCUGCUUUCAACACAUUGACUUCGUCACAGCAAUUGCUUUUCAUCCGCGUGACGAUCGUUAUUUUCUAAGUGGCAGCUUGGAUGGUAAACUACGCUUAUGGAACAUACCCGACAAGAAGGUGGCGCUGUGGAACGAAGUCGACGGCCAAACUAAAUUGAUUACGGCAGCGAAUUUCUGUCAAAACGGCCAAUUUGCUGUUGUCGGCUCGUACGAUGGACGUUGUAUUUUCUACAACACAGAUCAGUUAAAAUAUCACACACAGAUACAUGUACGUUCGACACGUGGCAAAAAUCGUAUUGGCCGUAAAAUAAGUGGCAUUGAACCAAUGCCUGGCGAGGACAAGAUACUUGUGACCUCUAAUGAUAGUCGUGUGAGAUUGUACGAUUUGCGAGAUUUAAAUUUAUCCUGCAAAUACAAGGGCUAUUUGAAUGUGUCAUCGCAAAUUAAGGCAUCCUUUAGUCACGACGGAAAGUAUAUAAUUGCUGGGUCGGAAAAUCAAUGCAUAUAUAUUUGGAAAACGAAUCACGAUUACUCGAAAUUGAGCUCGGUACGCCGUGAUCGCAGUGAUUUCUGGGAAGGCAUUAAGGCCCACAAUGCUACUGUAACUUGUGCCAUUUUUGCACCACAUCCAGAGGCCAUCAUAAAAUCGGAGCCCGAUGAAAUUGGACAUAGCGAAAAGUUACAAAACCAUCAGCCGGAUCCACUCGUCGAACAGCAUAAAAAGGGUUGUGGUUAUGUAAUGGUUAGCGCCGACUUCAAUGGUGCCAUCAAAGUGUUUAUCAACAAAACGAAACCCAAACACAGCAGCUUACCCUACACAGCAAUCGCAGACUAAGCUAUUCAUUUAUUAUACGCUGAUUUAAAAAUAAAAAGUGAUAUUGAUUAAGAAAGCCUAGGCUUGGUUGGCACUCGCUACCCACCACCUUAGGCGUUAUUCAUUAAAUUCAAAGCGACGAAAGUUUAAAAGUAAGCAAAUGCUUUGCCAAUAGACUAAUGAAAAACUAUUUUCCGCAAUACAAAAUACAAAAAACAAGAAAAAAAAACAAAAAAAAAAAACAAAACAUAAAAAAUAAACUUGGUUUGGCUCGAUUUGUAACGUUUAAAACAAAAGAAGUCGUGCGUGCAUGUAGAUAUAUUUUAUUUAAAUUAACAAAAAAAAAACAGUAAUUUAACUAUGCCGCUUCCGUUGAGGAAGAAGCAACACGUUUUCGAAAUUGUUAAAAGAUACCCCCUUUUCCCCUUUUCUUAUAAUUAUGUUGAAUUAAGAAUGACGAUUCAUUUGAUCAAAAGAGUAUUAAGUGUUGUACAUUGACUUCGCUAAUGGAUUUAUUAUGAGAAGCAAAUAUACUAGACGUAUUCAUGUUUUUGUCCGUACUUUACAUACCAGACAUUAUUCUUCGCUGCACUGCGCUGCUGUAUUGUCAUGCAAAUGUGUUAUUGUUAUUAUUAUUGUUGUUAUGAAAGUAUUUAAUUUUUUAAAUUUCGCAAGUUUUCGAAGGUUUAAUUUUUACUCAAUUGACGUUCAUACAUAUAUAUAAACAUAUGCUACUACCACCUACAUACAUCUACACUAUGUACGUCGUAGACUAGUCUCGAAACAAUAAACGUCGCUUAUAAAUAAAUAAAUAAAAUAAUUAAUUACAAUAGUAUUGGGGGUAAAAACUAGACAAAAAGUCAAUUCGUUUAGAUAGCACAUUGCAGAGCAUUGCAUUGCAGAUUUGUUUACUAAGUUGUAAAGAAGCCAAUUAACUAUAUAGUUAUAUAUGUGUGUGUAUUUAUAUUGCUAAUAUGUACGUGUGCAUGUAAAGGAAGUGAUUAUGUAAAGGAAAACAAAAACUAUCAAUCAAAAUAAAAUGCAAAAAAUAUUUUAUUUACAAUAA